UGAAGAGAGUGAGAUGAGAUAUACAGAAUAUUGACCAAAAGUAAACAGUAUAACAAUGAUAAUACUUCAACUUGUGAAUGUCUUGUAGGCCUCUGUAAAGUUCAGUAAAAACAAACAGCACAGCAGGAUGAGCACGAUGUGUAGAUGCAGCUCUGUGACAGAUGGGCGUUGCCCGUCCAGUCAGAUGUCAGACACGCCUCCAGAAGGAAGCCUUCCUCUCAAGCAAACUUGGUAAUUUAACAAACCAGUCAAGGCCCGCCCAAAACGCCCACGAGCUCUGUUUUCGUUCGCUGUGCCUCUGCCAAUCAAUUAUAUCCCAAGCGACGUCAACAUCAGCGCCACACCGGGGCUGAGGAGUGGGUGACGAGCCGAGGAGCGAUCACCACCACCAGGAAAAAAAAAUACCAGGAGCGAUAAAAUGCACGGACUACAGUGGUCCAUCUGACUGUCAGUAAGACGUUUUCGCAUUUUUUGGGGGAGGUUUGAGAUCUUUUGAAGAACACUAGCUCUGUGAAAUGAAGGUCCUCUGUCAGGCCGAGCUCUCUGCUUUUUAGCUAGUUGGCUGCAAUUUCAGGGAUGGCUAGCUGAGCUAACCUAGCUAGCUAACAGUUAGCUCGCCCAUUUAGCUCCCCUGGUCACUGGGUGCCUCGGUCUCCUAGGAGGAUAACUGCUCUUGAGCUCAAUUUAGAAAGCGUUGGUUUCAUUCGGAUAAAGGUUGUCGUCCAUCGAGUGCUUGAAGCAGUGAGCUAGUCUGUCUUGUCUGCUCGUUAGAUGGACAGUUUGACGGGCGCUCAUUGUCACUGCGCGGGCGGACAGUGUUGGUUUCGGGGCGGCUAGGCUCGUACUCGGCCGGGCAACCAGCAGAGGGAUUGUACAAAUGUGGCAGUGGCAGCCAGUAGUGUCCCACUAUCUCUGGGACCGAAUUUGCUCGUUGUAAAUUUUAAAAAACGGAUUUUUGAUGAGUGUUAGGCUUACGAGCUAACCAGCUACGCGGGAAAGCGAUUAAAAAGUGUUGGCAGACUGAAAAUUCAUCAACUUGUAACGGUUGCUCGUUUAUAACGUCAGCAGCAUUUAGCUUGCAAGCUAGUCAAGAGAGUGAUCCAAACAAAUUCAGCUGUUUGGGACAGUGCAUUAAAGACAAUGAUUAUUUACACCAUCUGUAGUCAUCCAAGAUGUUCAAGGACAUGUUGCAUUGCAAAUUUUCAGUGAUCAGCUGUCAGUCCCUGUAGCCUGAGGAUUUACGUAAGACUUUGACUAAGCUGUCAAAUAUUUGACACUUGACAGCAGUUUUACCAUCAAGAAGGAAGGCCGGAUUCUGCAGCAAGCUCCAUUAUCAGAGUCUGGAUAUAACUUGUUGAAAACGGACUGUUGCUCAGAGGGGAUUUUAUUUAUUUGUGUGAGGUGUAGCCCUGCGCCCCUUGUCAGACGGGCUUUUCAGCUCAUGCGGUGAUGACUUUAGACUCCAUGAUGGCUUGUUGCCUGAGUGAGGAGGCGAAGGAGUCCAAACGAAUCAACGCCGAGAUCGAGAAACAACUCCGGCGAGACAAGAGAGAUGCAAGAAGGGAGCUGAAGCUUCUUCUGCUGGGUACCGGAGAGAGUGGCAAGAGCACUUUCAUCAAGCAGAUGAGAAUAAUCCAUGGGUCAGGCUACACAGAUGAGGACAAGAAGGGUUUCACCAAACUGGUCUACCAGAACAUUUUCACCUCCAUGCAGGCCAUGAUCCGAGCAACUGAGACCCUCAAGAUCCCGUUUAAGUAUGAGCAGAACAAGAAUAACGCCCAAGUGGUUCGCGAGGUGGACGUUGAGAAGGUUUCAUCAUUCGAUCACCCGUACAUCGGCGCGAUAAAGAUGCUGUGGGCUGACCCUGGCAUCCAGGAGGCCUACGAUCGCAGGAGAGAGUACCAGCUCUCUGACUCAACCAAAUAUUACCUUAACGAUUUAGAACGAAUAGCAACAUCGGGGUACGUGCCCACUCAGCAGGACGUGCUGCGGGUUCGAGUGCCCACCACCGGCAUCAUUGAGUACCCAUUUGACCUGGAGAAUAUUAUCUUCAGCUAUCUAAGUGAUCUGGAUCGUAUUGCCGAACCGUCCUAUCUACCAACCCAACAGGAUGUGCUUAGGGUUCGAAUCCCAACCACUGGGAUCAUAGAAUACCCUUUCGACUUGCAAAGCAUCAUUUUCAGGAUGGUGGAUGUGGGGGGUCAGAGGUCAGAGAGGAGGAAGUGGAUCCACUGCUUUGAGAACGUCACCUCAAUCAUGUUUCUGGUGGCGCUCAGCGAGUACGACCAAGUCCUGGUGGAGUCAGACAACGAGAAUCGUAUGGAGGAGAGCAAAGCCCUGUUCAGGACCAUCAUCACAUAUCCUUGGUUUCAAAACUCCUCUGUCAUCCUCUUCCUCAACAAGAAGGACCUGCUGGAGGAGAAGAUCAUGUACUCUCACCUGGUUGACUACUUCCCAGAGUUUGACGGUCCCCAGAGGGACGCCCAGGCGGGCCGGGAGUUCAUCUUGAAGAUGUUUGUGGACUUGAACCCAGACAGUGACAAGAUCAUCUACUCCCAUUUCACGUGCGCCACCGACACAGAGAACAUCCGCUUCGUCUUUGCGGCGGUCAAAGACACCAUCCUGCAGCUCAACCUCAAAGAAUACAACCUGGUGUGAAAAAAAAAAAAAAAAAAAAAAAAGAAAUGGAAAGAGAGGGAGGAGAGAGAGCAAGCAAGAGACCUGCAGCCCCCCCCCCUUACACACACACACACAUACACACACACACAAUGCAGAGUCCACUUACAGAAACAUACACAUCUGCAUGAAACAUAUUGCUGCUCGAAGAGAUAAGCAUUGCUUCAUUACUUUACAAGACCAACUAUCCAUAUACUGACCCUGUUGUCCACCUAGCUCCUUGGUUGCUGGUUUGCCCAUCAUUAUUUUUUAAGAAUGGUUUUGUGAUUCUAUUAAUUGUUCCUCUUGCACAUGAAACACACUCAAAUAUAACACUUAACUCCAUUUGUCGCCCUCUCUUGGGGUCAUGGUCUGAAACGGGGCUCCUCUUGUCCGUCAUUAGGCCCGGGGCGUGGCUCACAUCUUUUGCUUUCUUUUACACUACAUUAUCACCAGUGCUUGUGUGUUUGAGGCGGGUAGAGGGCCUUCUCUGAGUCGACUAAGCUUUUAUGGACAAAGGGCUCUCUUCCCCUUCUUCUUAUUUAACCCAUGCAUGCGAUACACUACAGCGACCUUGGACUCAACUGCGAAGGGGUGACUAAUUAUGAUGAUAGGAAUUUAUUAUCAGGCAAUGCUGGGGUGCAGUGAGGUACUUGGUUCCUCUGGGUCUUUAAUUGUGUUUUUGUUUUGUUUUUUGUUUUUUUUUGUUUUUUUUUUGUUAACCAUGCCCCAAAUCAAGAGUCAACGAGCUCUUUUGAAUGUAAAUAAAUUUUUCAUGCUGCUCACACAGAGUGAGGGCUACACAGAGAUGACUACAUGUUCUCUGGAGUUCAAAUCUUUUCAGCUACGUUAACGUCUUGAUUAUAUUAUUACUGCUAUAUAUGGAAAUUGAAGAUGACUACUCAAAGGAAUGCAACCCCUCCAGAAAGAGUCACAAUAUGUUCUUUUUACACUGCCCCUCAUUUCAAAGUGUUAAUAUACACCGUAAAACAAAAGAAACUUCAGAGACGGCACCACCGGUAUUUACAUACUGUAUAUCAACUCCACUGUAAUUUUGUAUCACAUGGCCAAUUUGAAACAACAUUUUUUUUUUUUUUUUCUGUAAAUAUCAUUACGUUGCCAGUAUCUCGCUCAUCCCUUAAGUGGUUCAGAUACUAACAAAACAUAUUUGGGAACUGCUAUAGUCAAAUUCAAGUUUUCUACGGUUUUGGGCCAUUCAGAUGUUCAUGGCAUACACUUUGUGUGGCAUUUCUUCGAUGUCGACAGUUAUCUGAAUCACAAAUGUAUUAGUACUGUGAUUGAUUUUCUUUGUUUCCUUUUUGAUGGUGAGAAAUAAUCUUCCUGUGCACAACGCGUGAAUGAUGAGACCAGAUUAGUACAGUGCAAUAGUUUAGUUGUAGACAAAAUAAAAAAGCUUUUGCGCUGCCAGUUAGCUUAAGUCACAAGUUGAUCUCCAUCACCCAAACGGCUUCUCUCUUUAAUCAACUUAAUUUUGCCAUAAUAUGCGGCCAACAUUUGAUAAACUGUAAUGGAUAGCAAGAGAGUAAAUAGUUCUUUUUUGUAUGUCUAAUUUAUCAAUCAGAUCUACGUAUUGUUGAUACAGUAAAUGAGACUUUCUCCCUAGUUUCAGCUCAAAAGUUUUUCCAACCUUGGAGACGGGAGGAGAUUUUAUACUGCUGUAAAAUAUCAAAACUAUUUUAUGGACAAGUGUUCUAUCUUUAUAAUGAUUCUUCAUAUAUUUAGUUGUCGCAGGUUCUGUUUUGAAAUGCUUGACAAUGGAAAAAAAAUAUUGUUUCCAUUUCAGGUUUGUGCUUUAUGCAAAAUAGGAAAAUGAAAACAGACAAAAAACUUAGUGGUUGAAUAUUUACUGUUCGAGGAUGCUUGCAUUUUUGUAACUUUUAAGGAUAUGUUGUUGGCUAUUGGUACCAAUCCCAUAUCGUGUCUCUUGCCUGAUAGUUGUUCAAAUAUUCCAUUAAGCUGAAAGUUGAUAGAUGGCUAUUUUUGUCUUCACAAUGUAAUUCAGGUAAGUUUUCAUAACUUUUUCAUCACAAGGGCUACUACUAGCAGCUUUGGUAGAAUGAAAGGACUCUAUGGACGGCAUAGAGGAAAAGGUGCAAUUAAUUAACGAGGGAGGGGGGGCUUUGAAUUAAGAGUGUGUUGACAUCCUGUUGAGGGUGAAGGCUGCAGGUUCAGUGAGGGUGGAAUGCAGCAGUCCACAGAUGCCUACGUGACAUUCCUGAAGGAAAUCUGGUGGCUGUUUGGCUCUUUGUUCACGUUGACCUAUCUUUUUUUUUUUUUUUUGCCUUUUUUAGAGGAGGAGAAUGGCUUAAAAACAAGUGUGGUAUCCCAAGGUGUAACAGCACAUCUCUCGCACCUAACCAUCCUCUUACUCCUCUCACAAAUUAUGUGCAGAUCUUCUUGGCUUUUAUAAUGUUUUCCACUGUGUGGUUAUGCAUAUUUGGCUUAUCUUCUCAUUGGUAGUGUUUCCAUGUUUGACUUUGCCUUCGUUGGAGUCAAAAAAAAGGGAAUGCUUGGGACAUUUUGACCUUUUUGUGCACAUUGAAAGAACUGGCAGAUUAAACAUCAAAGAAAUUAUUACAGAUCCUUUUCAUGAUCUUUCUGUGUAUCUUAAAUUGUUUGCCUAAAGGUUUACACGUCAAACUUUCUUGUGAUAUAUAUUCUUUUCUAUAGAAAAACAGUAUGAUGAUCUCGGUUUAAGGGGAAUCUGUUCACCCUUUGUAUUACUAGAGUUGAAUUUAGCCACUGAGUGAGAGUAAUCUCUCGUGCAAAUGUGUACAUUGUGUUGGUAAAGCCAUUAUCUUGUACGUUAAGAGUUUGUGCAUUUUGAAACAAUUAAUGAAGGAGGGACAUGUAUAUUAACGCUAAGUGCCACGUUUUUUUUCAAGAGUUGAAGCGAUAUUGUAGAUGUUGCAAAGCUCUGCCUUUGACGAACCAAGUUUAUUUUAGCUGUAAUCUUGUUUUUGCACCGUGUAUUGGUAAAGAGUUCAUCUUUGGUGCUUCAGCCAACAUUUAAAAGGCCUUUUCUUGACCAGUUUGUCUCAGUAUAGGGUGACGCUCGAUCGCUAGACCGAACUUAUUUUUGUGGGUGCCACAAUUCAGCUCACUUUGGGCCUUUAGCUAAGUUUGGAAAAGUUGUCACCGCUAGGACAACGUGGUGAUACGUAUGUGUGUUGUUAAAAUUCUUUAUCAGUAUGACAGCUUGGUUAUCAGAAAGUCCAUACAUCUCUCUGAACUGUGUUUUCUUUUUCUCAUGAAGAUGAACUGUCACCCAGAAAAUGGGCUUGAAUGGGCUGCUAUGAGGAUGAUAAACAAAAAUGAAGGUGACCACUCUAGGGACCAGUGUUGGCAUGAUGGCGUAUACUCUCUAAAAACCUUCUUGUUUAGUUUUAGUUAGAUUAGUUUUCAUUUACUGACAAUAUGUGGACUUCAUGCCUUGUCUCCAGAACCAACACAGAAAAAGUCAGAUGGCUACACUACCAGUGAUUAGAGCCAGCAGCAAGAGCUGGGUCAGUUUUUCGAAAUCCUUUCCAUUGACUUGUACUGUAUUCGCUUUAUUCUGCAUUGGAUGCAUUUUGGAAAAGGUUUAUAGGACAAUCCAGUACAAAACACUGUGCCAAGCAAAAUCAAUCAGCAACAAAAAAGAUAUCAAGAAUUCAUACUUUUACCGUAACAUGACCCGGAUCUCUGCAGUGAAAAAUUAUUUCAACUUUUCUUAAUUGACUCUUACAUUAUGGUGUCUUUUUUUCCAAAUGAAGCUUGUUUGUUAAGCCUCAGUAUUAAUGUAUUUAUUGAAACACUUGCCAAGUGAAGGUACUGAAAUGGCCAUUAUAUUGUUUUGGUGGUUGUAAUAGCGAGUGAGUGAAUGAAUAUGCUGUGUGUUUACAUGUCCGCCAUUCUCCGCUCUUGUUUUUUUUCCUUUUUUUCUUUUUUUUUCUUUUUUUCUCCCCCUUACUUGAUUGGACUAUGUAUUCUUUCCCUGGGUCGAAGGCACUGAAACUGCACCACUGCAAUGGGCCUGCAUUCAUGCAACUUAGACGUCCAUUCAAACGCGCUCGUUGGUACUCUGAGGUGUGUGCGUGCGUGUGUGUGUACACUAUUGAUGGCUAUUGCUUAUGCUUGAGAUCCAUUCUGAGUAGAGGGAUGGACAUACAGUGAUAAUAAAAGCUAUCUUUGCAUCUUUUUUUUUUUGUUUCUUUUGUAAGGUUGACACACCUUAACAUGUGUAUUUAGGACCACUUAUGAUGAAAGACUUUUUUAAAAGAGUUCAAAUAAACUUUGUGUAGUGGUGUACAAAUUGAAAGUAAUGUAUUUUUGUUUGAUUUUUUUUUUCUUUUUUCUUUUUUUUAAGUAUACCAAAUGUAAAUUAUGUACAAUGAGUGUGCCAAUCCCCUUUCUUUGUAAAGCCAGACUCUUAACAAGUGCCAAUGUUGUGAAAAAUCAGAGGGCCUGUGAAUUUCAUGGUCCAGUUUUUAAAACAAAUAAACACUAAGUAUGUGAUUAAUUAACAAAAAAAGGACAAUUUUAUUCUAUAUUUAAGAUUAAUGAUGAACUGCUGUUUUUAAAAUAAAUGUCAUUUUAAUUGCAUGUGUUUGUCAGGUUGGGGAGGGAGUGGGCGGGUGAGAUACUGUAUUCAUGCAAUGCCCUCAUGAAAGGGUCCUAAUGGUUAUUGAUUUACAGUAUUUUAGCCAUAUUUCUCUUUUGUAUGUUUCAUUUCAACCACUGUUGCCUGAACCUCAUUCAAACAUGAAAAUGAUUUUCAUAGCCUUCUCCUUUAAAUGUUUUAAAUUGGAAUAAAAUAUGUUCCUAUACUCUC